AUGUGUCGAACAUCGCCCUGCUGUACCUGCAAAGCUUUACUUUCUGUGAGGUUAAACUUAACCUCAAGAAAAUCUAUCAUGAACUAAAUCUUUUCUGCGAUUUCUCAAAUUUUCUGAAUUUGAGAAUCGAGGCACUGGACAUACUUGAAAUGACUGAUAA